GCAUCACCGCACUUUGUGAGUUUAACGGGAAAGUUCACUCCCGUGAGUUCAGCUGUGUGUCCACACGGGAUAGUUUCACCGGGACACUGUCUGCAGACCUUCAGAGGCGAUGCCAGCCUGCGGUGGAGCUGUGCCAUAAACCAAAAGGAGAGUCCUCUGAACCAGAAUCUGACCCCAGAGACCCCGGCUGACUCAGAGACAUAAUGGGACACCACCCUGUUCACCUAUCCCCACUCCUCCUCCUCCUCCUCUCCCUCUUCCUCCUCCUCCUCCUGGCCCACCCCUGUACCUCCAUCAAGCCUCAGGUUAUAGAGCGAGCAUCUGCCCCCGAGCCGCCUCAGCCUUCUGGUAACAGUACAGAGUCUGGCAAGAAGACAUGUACGGGCAACGUUAAGUGUUCACCCGGUAUCCUACUGCCGGUUUGGAUGCCAAUGAAUCCUCCAGUCGGUGAGCAAGCGGGGAGGGCGGUUGUCUACUUCGUCUGUCUCAUUUACAUAUUCCUGGGUGUGUCUAUCAUCGCAGAUCGUUUCAUGUCGUCCAUUGAAGUCAUCACCUCUCAGGAGAAAGAGGUGACCAUCACCAAACCCAACGGUGAAACAACAGUAAUAACAGUGAGAGUCUGGAAUGAGACCGUGUCGAACCUCACGCUCAUGGCUCUGGGCUCCUCGGCGCCUGAGAUCCUGCUUUCUGUCAUUGAGGUGUGUGGCCACAACUUUCUUGCAGGGGAGCUCGGCCCGAGCACCAUAGUGGGCAGCGCCGCCUUCAAUAUGUUUGUGAUAAUCGGCCUGUGCGUUUGGGUGAUCCCCGAUGGAGAGACUCGCAAGAUCAAACACCUGCGGGUGUUUUUCAUUACGGCUUUCUGGAGUAUUUUUGCCUACAUUUGGCUCUACCUCAUACUGGCUGUCAUCUCCCCCGGGGUUGUAGAGGUGUGGGAGGCUAUAGUGACGCUGCUUUACUUUCCUGUGUGUGUGAUCUUGGCCUGGAUCGCCGACCGUCGCCUACUCUUCUACAAAUACAUGCACAAGCGUUACCGCGCCGACAAGAGGCACGGCAUCGUGGUGGAAAUGGAAGGUGACCUUGAGCCAAAAGACAUUGACAUAGUGAUGGAUGGAAAGUUGCCUGAUAGUAGCCCGUGCCCUGGAAACUCCUCCGAUGUGACAGUCUCUGUGGAGACAGGCAAUGAAUCAGGCCAGAACAAAGAUGAGGCGCUUCGCAUCCUCAAAGACCUGAAAGAGAAACACCCAGACAAAGACAUGGACCAGCUGAUCGAGAUGGCCAACUACUCCACCCUGAUCCAAAAGAAGAAGAGUCGCGCCUUCUACCGAGUACAGGCCACGCGCAUGCUGAUCGGUGCUGGGAACAUAUUGAAGAAACACGCUGCUGAGAAGACACGUCGCCCGGCAGGUCAGGGCGCUGACCUGGCCACAUGCUCGCACAUUUGUUUUGAAAGUGCCCAGUACCAGUGCACAGAGAACUGUGGCUCCAUGAGCAUCUGGGUGAUCCUUGAGGGGGGCACGGGCCAGAACACUUUCUAUGUGGACUACUCUACAGAAAAUGGCUCUGCCAAUGCCGGGGCAGACUAUGAAUGCAGUGAGGGGACCCUGGUUUUUAAGCCAGGAGAGACCCGCAAAGAGAUCAAGGUGGGCAUCUUGGAUGACGACAUCUUUGAGGAGGACGAGCAUUUCUUUGUGCGUCUUCGGAACCUGAGGUUAGAUGAAGGAGGAAAAGAAGGGACAGGAACUCCACCCAAAGGUAGACUGGUGGAGCCGCUCCUCGCCACCAUCACCAUCUUGGACGAUGACCAUGCUGGCAUCUUCACCUUUGGCCAAAAAGUGCUGCGGGUGAGCGAGAGCACCGGCACGCUCACUGUGACGGUGGUGAGGAACUCAGGCUCCAGGGGCACCGUUGCCGUGCCGUACCACACGGAGGACGGUAGCGCCAAGGCUGGGGUGGACUUCGAGGAGACCAAAGGAGAGCUGGAAUUCACCAAUGAACAGACCAGUCAGGUCUUAAAAGUGCGCAUUAUAAAUGUGGAGGAGUACGAGAAGCAGGAGAACUUCUUCAUCGUGCUCGAGGACCCCAAAUGGCUGAAGCGAGGACUGUCUGGCAACCCCACCCCCGAGGAGGAAGAGGCCCGGAGGAUCUCUGAGAUGGGCAAACCGAUUCUAGGAGAGCACAGCAGGCUAGAGGUCGUCAUAGAGGAGUCCUGUGAGUUCAAGAACACGAUGGACAAACUCCUGAAGGACACAAAUCUGGCUUCAGUGAUCGGUACUCACUCAUGGAAAGAGCAGUUCAUCGAAGCAGUCACAGUCAGCGCAGGUGAUGGAGACGAGGAGGAGGAGCAGCGACCACCGAACUGCUUCGACUAUUUCAUGCACAUAUUGAGCCUUUUUUGGAAGAUUCUCUUUGCUUUCAUCCCACCCACCGAGUACUGGAACGGGUGGGCGUGCUUCAUUGUGUCAAUCUCUGUCAUCGGUUUCUUAACAGCCAUUAUUGGAGACCUCGCUUCCCAUUUUGGCUGCACCGUCGGCCUCAGGGACACUGUCACUGCAGUGGUCUUUGUAGCACUGGGGACUUCACUUCCCGAUACCUUUGCCAGUAAAGUCGCCGCCACUCAGGACCAGUAUGCAGAUGCAUGUGUGGGAAAUGUGACCGGAAGCAAUGCGGUCAAUGUGUUUUUGGGCAUUGGGGUGGCCUGGUCCAUAGCUGCCGUUUAUUGGGAAGUCAAAGGUAAGGCCUUCUAUGUGGACCCCGGCUCGCUGGCCUUCUCCGUCACACUCUUCACCAUUUUUGCCUUCUUCGCCAUGGGAGUGCUGAUGCUACGCCGGAGGCCGUCCAUAGGGGGCGAACUGGGAGGACCAAAAGUUCUCAAAAUCCUCACUGCACUGCUUUUGUUUGGACUCUGGUUCCUCUACAUCCUCUUCUCCAGCUUGGAGGCCUAUUGCCAUGUUAAAGGCUUCUGAGAGAGCACAGCAGGGGGGAGAGUAAUGACUCCACCAUAACAAACACACAUCACCGGGAUAUUUACCUGAACAGUACUGUUACAAUAACUACCAUUGAGAAGACCUAUCAUCACUUGACAACUGUUGCCAUGGUUCAUAAUAAAAUGUAUACAUGCUCCAUGCAUGAAAAUAUGUCACAUCCACUCACAGGACAGUUCCAGUCAGUAGAACUGACUAUGACAGUGCUGAGGUGGACUUAAUAACGUACAUAUUGUGACGGUUUUUGAUAAACGGUAAGCAUGAAGUCGCUGGAUUUUGCUUGAUACUGGCUUGGUGGCUCGUAACCUGGAUUUCCAGUUUGGUCUUGUUUCUCCUUGUGUUUGUAGAGGCUGGCUCAGAUUAAACUACCUGAGGUGGUAAUUAAAUGAGAAACUCAAUGCUGCUUUUACACAGAUUUCAAACGUACCUGACGAUACACGACAAGCUGCCCCAACACAUGAAAAUAAUAGUUGCAGAACACCCCUCUGCUUUUGUGUUGUAGCAGUAGGACUUGUCUGAGUGUAACAUCACGUGUAUACCGUGGAUACUUGUCACAGGCAGAAGUGGAAACUGUGUUCAAACUGUCAUCCAUUUUGUUUGUUGUCAGCAUUAACCCAUAUUUAGGUCUUCUUGACCAGUUUAGAGUUAAUUGGUAACGUAGUGCAAAAAAAAAAAAAAAAUUUAUUGUUGCUAUGGUUACCUCAAGUUUUUUUUGCACACAGAUUUAGAUCAAUAGUUCAGCUGUGGACUGCAAGUGUUUGAGCUGUCUUGGUGUACAAUUUUGAAUGGAACUGCCAGCCAAUCAGAAACAAGUAUUUUGGCUUUUUAAAUAAGAAAUGUACACAGUUUGGUUACAAUCUACAGUUUGAGAGAUAAGCUGCUGCUGUGAAUUAUCCCUCACUGUUAUGUGACACAAGGCAUUGUUUAAUGUUAUGCACAUACUUAUUUUGAUCUCACUAUUGAUAAUAUUAAUGAUCAGAAAUACACUAUAUGUACCCAGUAUUGAAAUGUAUAAAUAAUUAGAUAAUGAAAAAAAAAAAUCAUAAUAUCUGCCAUUGAGUGUUUCU